CUCAUACGUGCGUUACGCCGUACCGCGCUGAAAGGAUUCGAAGCGCAGUGAUGGGAUACGCCCCAGCCCAAGAGCAUGGCGAAGUGUCUCGUUGGUCGCUACCAGUUGCAUAAGUGCCAUGGGUGUGAGAUGGUUAAGCCAGCACUACGGCCAUGGCAUUCGAUCCUAUGGCAUGGGGGUGACGUGGAGGCCAUGGAAGCAUCGCACUCAAUUCCCCAUUCGACCCAAUCGUCACACCGGAAUCUGAUGGGCUUGGACCUUUUCGGUUAUAGCUGAAAACAAUGUGGGAUGUCAACUGUACCUUAAUCGUGCGAAGCGGUGAAUUCGGCGUUUGCAAAUGUCGGAGUCGGAGGAAUUUUUGCCUUUGUCUCCUUGCACACCCCCUCCACCAUUCACAGCCCUACAGACGCACGAUGCGACUCUCCUCGUCAGAGGAUAUUUGGCGGAG